AUGGCAGAGCAGCCUUGCCUGGGUCCCCCCAGCAGCCCCACACCCCCAAAUCCCCACACCCACCCCAGGGACAAGUGGAGCAAAAAGAUGGAUUUCCUCCUCUCCGUCAUCGGAUUCGCCGUCGAUCUGGGCAACGUCUGGCGGUUCCCUUACAUCUGCUACCAGAACGGAGGGGGAGCCUUCCUCAUCCCCUACACGCUGAUGGCUGUUUUUGGAGGGGUGCCCCUCUUCUACAUGGAGCUGGCCCUGGGGCAGUUCCACAGGACAGGUGCCAUCCCCAUCUGGAAGCGCAUCUGCCCCAUCUUCAAAGGCAUCGGCUUUGCCAUCUGCAUCAUCGGCCUCUACGUCUCCUUCUACUACAACACCAUCAUUGCCUGGGCUCUCUACUACUUCUACUCAUCCUUCUCGGGCACCCUGCCCUGGGCCAGCUGUGACAACCCCUGGAACACCCCUGACUGCACCAACUACUUUGGGAAGAGCAACGUGACCUGGACCAACUUCUCCAGGUCCCCCGCCGAGGAGUUCUACACGUAA